AUGGCAAAACUAAGCCUGAGCAAAGAAGAAACAGUAAGAUUGAUCCUUCAAUACCUUGAAGCUAACGAAUAUCAUCGAGCUCUCAUUGAGCUUGAAAAGGACUCAAAAGUAAAAUUGCGACGAUAUGGCAAAGAAAUUGACUUUUUCUGCAAUCUAAUUACAGAUGGUCGCUUUGAAGAUGCAGAAACCUUCAUUACACCUCUAAAAAACCGUAGCGAGCCAAGCUAUAAUAAAGUUCUUUACACCUUGAGAAAGCAGCGAUUUUUAGAAGCAUUAGAAAGCGCCACAGAUCCAAAGCUCGAUGAUCUUGUGGGAUGGCUAAAAGAGCUCGAAUCUGUUGCAGCAAGAGAAGAUUUUAGUGAACUGUGCCAUAUAAUCAGCCUCAACAAAAUAAUAGACCAUCCUGACUAUGCGAAUUGAAAUAUCUACAGAGGACGCAUCAACUGCUUCAAUGACUGUUUAAAAUUUUUAAGUGAAAUUUAUGGUAUUUUACUAUAAAUUUCUAUUUAAAAUCAUAUAUUUAUGUAUAAUAUAAGUCAAGAGAAACUAGAUAUCCUAUUUCUGCAAGCGAGUUACCUAAAUGCUCUUUAACUGAACUCCUAGGGCAACUAAACAGUGUUGAAAUUUUAGGGGAAACUGGAAAUAUGAGAAGUCCAAAGUUCAACUCAGAACAAAAUAAAAUUCGAGGAAGCUUCAGGUACUCUCAGGAAUUGAAUGAAGAAAAAAAGGAAAACGCUUCUGAAGGAAGUCUAGUAAUUAAUGAGGCAGAAAAUCAAGCAGAUCGUGAAGAAGAAGCUAAAGGAAACAAUAAAAAAGUAUCGUUCUGGAAUAUACCAAAAGUAACAGAAGAAGUUUCAGAUGAGGAAAAUAAAAUUGUAUAUAAUAUUGAAGAACUCGACGUAAUGUCGCCAGGCGAAGAUCAUUCACUAGGUGAAGACCACGAAGAAAUGUUCAGACAAUCUAGCCAAGAGCUUAUGGCUAGUUUUAAUCCUGCUCUGCUCAAAGAAAUGGCCAGAAUUGAAGAUGCCAAGCCAAUUCGCUGUUCAGCCUUCAACGUCUCUGGAGACUACUUCGUCCUCGGCACAAAUUCUAAUUCAAUCAAAGUUUGUUCAAUGCACAACAUCGUCGACGGCCUCAUGUAUAAUGAGCACCAAGGCCGCGAGCAGUAUAUAGACAUCGUAUUUGAGCUUCGUCGAGCUUAUAUAGGCUCAGUUUACUGCAUUGAUUGGUCACGUUCCGAAACCCAAAUUGCUGCUGGCUAUAGCGAUAAAAACAUCCGUGUCCUAUUUUGCCCAGACUUUUUAGAACUCCAGGAAACUCAAUCAGAAACUUUGAUGUGUGAAGAAGGAAGAUAUCUUAACGGAGAAGGAGAGCUCCCAGAAAUAAUGGAAGUUGUACUACAAGGACACCAAGAUAUCGUAAGAACUGUCUGCUAUAACCCAGUUGACGAUAGGAUCUUGUUAAGCGGAGGAAGCAAUGAUGGAGAUAUCAAAGUAUGAAAUACAGAAACUGGGCAAUUUUUACAGAAAUUACAAGGACACAAUGGGUCAAUUUUCCAAAUAGCAGCUGAAGGGAAAGCAAGCUAUUUUAUAUCUGUCGCAACUGAUAGGACGCUUAGGCUGUGGGACUUAAGAAGCAAUAAAUGCCAGAUGACGCUGAAUGGGGAGUCUUUUGCAGAGAUGACUUCAGUUGCACUCACUAAUUCAGCAACGCAAGUGAGGGCAGAAACCAAAGACAAAAUUACAAAUAUUUUUUUGAAGAGGCAGCAAGGCAAACAAGCUGCUCCUGCAAAGCCAAAUUUAGCUGCAGUUGGGCAUGCAGAUGGAAUAGUAACUGUAUGGGACAUCAAUGCAGGGAGGCUGUAUUCAAAGAACUCAUAUCACUUAGCUGAGUGUAGAAGCGUUGAUUUUUCAGCCGACACUCGAUGGCUGGUUUCUUCUUCAUUCGACCGUAGCAUUGGCUUAGUACAAAUGGAUACCGGCUCAGCAUGCAGGCUUGAAUAUCACGAAGACAGGGUGGUUUCAGCUCGAUGGCACCCAUUUUUACCAAUUUUGCUGUCGACUUCUGCAGACAAAACUGCAAGGAUAUUUUCUCCAUAA